AAAAAAAAAGUCGGUUAGGUGCGGGGCUGGGCCAUCAGUGCAUAGGCGACUUUUUUUGUUGAGCAUGCUGAACGACAGCAGCUUGCAUUGGGAAGCCAGGAUACUUCCAGCCAGUGCGCCACGUUUGCUGGCCUGGAAUGUACCUCCUGAGGAGUUGAUUCAUAUACCGGAGCAUUGGCUGGCCUAUCCCGAACCAAAGCCCGCAUUUCAUUAUCUUUUGGCUCUCGUAUAUAUAGCCUUUACUUUUGUUUCACUACUGGGCAAUGGUCUGGUCAUAUGGAUAUUUGGUGUGGCAAAGUCACUGCGAACUCCAUCAAAUAUGUUCGUGAUCAACCUAGCAUUUUGCGAUUUUAUGAUGAUGUUGAAAACUCCUAUUUUCAUUUAUAACUCUUAUCACAAUGGAUUUGCUCUUGGUAAUCUUGGAUGCCAAAUCUUCGGUGUUAUGGGAACACUUUCAGGAAUUGGCGCAGCGAUUACAAAUGCAGCUAUAGCAUUCGACAGAUAUAGGACAAUUGCAAGGCCUCUGGAUGGUAAACUAUCCAAGGGACAUGUAUUAUUAUUCAUCGUAUUUAUUUGGGUUUAUGUGAUACCUUGGGCCCUCAUGCCAGUAAUGGGUGUAUGGGGAAGAUUUGCGCCAGAAGGAUUUCUCACAACCUGCACCUUUGAUUAUCUCACUGACACAGCCGAGACCCGUUACUUUGUUGGAACCAUCUUUACAUUUUCAUACGUUAUACCAAUGUUGCUCAUUAUUUUUUAUUAUAGUCAAAUUGUCAGUCAUGUGGUGAAUCAUGAGAAGAGCCUUCGGGAGCAGGCUAAAAAAAUGAAUGUCGAGAGUCUCAGAAGUAAUGCUAGUAGUCAUGCACAAUCGGCCGAAAUACGAAUUGCCAAGGCUGCAAUUACUAUUUGUUUCCUAUUUGUCGCUUCGUGGACACCAUAUGGAGUGAUGGCUAUGAUUGGUGCAUUUGGCAACAAGAGUCUUUUAACACCUGGUGUAACAAUGAUUCCAGCCUGUACAUGUAAAUUUGUGGCGUGUUUAGAUCCAUAUGUUUAUGCCAUAAGUCAUCCCAAGUACAGAUUGGAACUCCAAAAGCGUUUACCAUGGUUGGACCUUCAAGAAUCACCUCCACCAACAGAUACAGUGAGCAGCACCACAGAAGUAGUAAAUUCACCAAAUUGAACGGAUAUAUCAACUCCAUGACAACGAUAUCGAUUCAUUGAAUCCCAAUUCUCAUUUUCAAUAUUCACUUGGUCAAUUGUAAUAAAGAAUUUCCUGGCAAUGACUGGCUAUACAAAAAACUUGAAUUAAUUUUAGGAAUUUACAUAUAUUCAUAUACCCACAUUUUUUUCUAUACAAAAUUAAUCAACACAUUUUCCCAUUAAAUUUUCAGUUGUUUCAAA